AUGCCUCCAAGAAUCCUACUCAUCGGUGCGUCUGGGUAUAUUGGCGGCUCUACGCUUUCAUCUCUUCUAGGGAGCCAUCCAUCCUGGGACAUCACAGCGAUCGUACGCAAUGAACAGCAGGCCUCUGCAAUUCAUGAUACAUAUCCGGAUAUAACACUGUCUACUGUCAUUGGCUCCCUCGACACUCCUGGAGUUCUUGUGUCUGAAGCUGCCAAGGCAUCCAUUACACUUCAGCUUGCCAACGGCGAUCAUGAUGUUGGAACGGAUACUAUCCUUUCCGCAAUCGCUUCUUCAACCACCCCCGAGUCCGCUAGAUAUUACAUACACCUCUCGGGGGCCGCCACUGUUCUUGACCUUUCCCUCGCGCCCGGCUCUCCGCCGUCAAGAUCCUGGGAUGAUGUAUCUGAUCUGUCCGCGAUACUCAAUCUGCCUGCAACACAAAUCCACGCCGCCAUAGAGCAGCGUAUCGUGUCAUUCGGUGCUGCGCAUUCUCGAAAUGGCCUUCGAACGGCAAUUAUCAGCCCACCGGCCGUUGUUGGUGUGGGGUCUGGUCCAGUCAAGAAAGGGGCUGCUUAUCACGUCAACAUGAUGAUGCAGCGCAAAAAGGCCUUUGUGGUCGGGCAAGGACUCAACAGAUUUGACAUGGCUCAUGUGACGGAUGUAGCAGAUGCAAUUGUAACCUUGGUCGAGGCUGCCUACGAAGAGCUUGAGACUCAAUAUGCCAACAAUCCAAGUUCCUCUUCCAAGGCGCACUGGAAUGACAAAGGAUAUUAUUUUCUCACUUCUGAUUGGGAAACCCCGAAUAAAGCUACUUAUGUCAAAACGGCUCAAUCUCUGAUGAGAAUGAGAUCCAUACCACUCGAUGAUGGUGUGGAUUAUUUGACACCGGACGAGGCGACGUCAUUGCAUCCAUUUGGAACCAUUAUUUUCGGGGGCAACCUGAAGAUCCAAGGGAAAAGGAUAAGAGAGAAGUUAGGGUGGAAAGCCUCUUCUAUCCGUUGGGAAGACGCUCUGAAGGAGGAGAUAGAGAAUGAGGUCUCAAGACAGGCUAGGGGGGAAGUUUUGGGAGUUGGGUUUGGUCGUGAAUAA